AUGAGCUUCAGUGGCUGCAGUGACGAGCUAGUCUGGCAAAUUAUAGGACAACAAUUCUGCGCCUUUAAGAUCAAAACCAACAAAGCUCAGACAUUCUGCCGCAACGAGCACAAUGUCACAGGCCUGUGCAAUCGUCAGUCAUGUCCUCUCGCGAACUCGCGAUACGCUACAGUCAGGGAGCAUCAAAAUCGAUUGUACUUGUUGAUCAAAACUCCAGAGAGGGCCCAUCUCCCAAGCAAACUUUGGCAACGUUACAAGCUGCCCAGCAACUACUCCAAGGCAUUGUCCAUGAUAGACGAGAAGCUUAUAUACUGGCCUAAUUUCCUCAUUCACAAGUGCAAGCAACGUCUCACCCGCUUGACACAGGUUCAAACUCGCAUGCGUCGUAUUGCGGCCGAGGAAGAACGAUUGGGUGAAAAGCUUGUUCCUAAGAUGGCACCUAAGAUCAGACACCGUGAGCAGGCCCGUGAGCGCAAGGCCGAGGCUGCUGCCAAGCUGGAACGAACCAUUGAGCGCGAGCUUGUUGAGCGUCUUCGACAGGGCGCUUACGGUGACCAGCCUCUCAAUGUCAGCGAAUCCAUCUGGAAGAAGGUACUUAAUGCCAUGGAGCGUGACGGCGAGGGCCAACGUGACAAGGACCUGGACAGGGGUCUUGACGAGAACGGCGAGGAGGCUGAAUGGAGUGAGGAGGAAGACGACAACCUGGAGAACCAGGUUGAGUAUGUUUCCGAUAUCGAGGAGAGUGACGAGGAGCUCGGCGACCUUGAGGACUGGCUCGAGAGCGAAAAUGAGGAGGAGGACGAAGAUGAGGAUGAUGAUGAUGACAGCGAAGAGUCCGAGACCGAGAAGUCUGGCAACAAGCGAAAGCGUGGACGUGCCAUCAAGAUGAAGAACAAGAAGCCCAGGCAGGAGGAGAAGAAGGAGAAGCUGAUGCUCACCAACGAUCUCACAUGGUAA